AUGGAGCGCUUUCUUGUGCGGAGCAAACCAGCAACCACCAGUGUAGAGACUGCCGACAACCCACCAACGAAAGAGAAGAGGAAAAAAACUGUCAGCAGACAGUACCAUGACAGUUAUCUGUCUUAUGGCUUCAUUUGGACCGGGGAUGUGAACAAUCCUCAGCCCGAGUGCGUCGUCUGUCGGGAGAAGUUAGCUAAUGCUAACAUGGUUCCAAGCAAGCUGAAGAGGCACUUGGAAACCAAACAUGUUCACAGUAACUUGGACUACUUCAGAAGAGCGCGGGAUCUGAACCAGAGGCAGCAAGGACGUUUGUUGGAUUCUGUGAAAGUGUCUGAUAAGGCAAUGGAGGCGAGUUACAUGCUAGCGGAGCUCAUUGCAAAGCAGAAGAAGCCUCACACAAUAGCGGAGACACUCAUCCUCCCUGCUUGCAAAAUACUUGCAGGUGUCAUGCUGGGUCCAGAUGCCGCAAAUGAGCUAUCGAAAGUGCCGUCGUCUGAUAAUACGAUCAAAAGAAGAAUCAACGACAUGUCCGAAGACAUUGAGGAACAUUUGGCAGAGAAACUGCAGGCGAGCGGCAGAUUUUCCCUCCAAAUAGAUGAAUCUACGGACAUCAGUGGGGCUGCCCAACUUCUGGCAAACGUCAGAUAUGUUGAUGCUGACUCCAUCAAAGAGACAUUUUUAUUCUGCAAAGAAAUGGAAAGCCACACCACGGGAGAGGAAAUAUUCAGGGUAACUAAUGACUAUUUUAAAGAGAACAGUCUGACCUGGAAUAUGUGCGUCGGUCUUUGCACAGAUGGUGCGGCGAGCAUGACGGGGAGAGUGAAAGGAUUCAUUGCUAAGGUGAGGGCACAAAACCCACAUAUCGUGACAAACCACUGCAUUCUGCACCGAGAGGCAUUGGUUGCCAAAACCAUGCCCCCGGAGUUGACUGAGGUGCUGAAUCAGGCCGUGCAGAUGGUGAAUUACAUAAAAUCAAGGCCCCUGAAAUCUCGCCUCUUCUCCCAGCUGUGCGCCGAGAUGGGAGCCGACCACCAAAGCCUGAUCCUGCACACAGAGGUACGUUGGCUGUCACGGGGGAAAGUCCUAUCCCGUCUUUAUGAGCUUCGGGAAAGCUUUUGGAGUUUUCAGCUACACCCCAGCUUCCACCCCAGCUUCCACCCCAGCUUCCUCCCCAGCUACACCCCAGCUUCCACCACCCCAGCUUCCACCACCCCAGCACAACCCCAGCUAAACCCCAGCUUCCACCUGUAG